UCUCUUUUACACUACAUCCGUUAAACUUUCAAAUUGCGUAGCAUACGAAGGCGAGAGAAGGUUUUCGAAAAUUUUCGAGUGACUUUUUGUUGCAUUUAGUGAAUACACAGUUGGUUUUUAAAGUCUGUGAGAUCAUAAUUCAGUGGAUAACAAUGUCCCAUAAGAUCUACUAUUCGGAUAAAUAUUACGACGAUAAAUACGAGUACAGGCAUGUGGUUUUGCCAAAAGAGAUGGUGAAAUUUGUACCUAGUACUCAUCUACUAUCAGAACAAGAGUGGAGAGCCAUUGGUGUCCAACAAAGUCAAGGAUGGGUACAUUAUAUGGUUCAUAAACCAGAACCACACAUCUUGCUUUUUAAGAGGAAAAUUACGUCAUCACCACCGGAUAAUUAACUUCUUGGCCAUACUUGUACCAACCUGUAAAUAAUGCUUCAGAUCAUUGUUAAUAUUCAUAAAAAGGCUCAACUACUAUGGCAAACCAUCCUGUUCAUUUCAAAAAUUCAAAUGAUAGUAUGCUGUUGAAACAAUUGCCAUGUUCACUCACAUUUGAAGAUUUGUAAAAUUUAGAAGAUACAGUAACAAGUAUGAUGAUUCUAAAUUUUCCAUUACGACGUCAACACAGCCUUCCGUUUUCAUUAUCAAUAAGUCAUUCACAAAAAAGAAACAAAGUAUUCUGUAUAUAUGUCUAUAAAGUGUCUUAGUUCUUAAUUGCAGUUUAAAUAGUUCUUAAUUUCGGAAUUACCAUGACAACUUGGUAUUUCAUUGAAUGUAACUGAAGUGGAAAUAUUGAAACAUUCUAGUUCAUUCCUUCUCUGAGAACCGACAGUUCUGUUCAGAAUUUAUGGAAUCAGGAAUAUCCUGAUAAUCUUGUGAUUGCAGUGCCUUACACGUAUAUGUUAAUCUUUAAUUACUAUUAAGUUCUACUGUAAUACUACAUAUAAGGUAAUCAUUUUUUAUAUUUAACAAGAAUAAUGUACGGAAAAUUUGUAAGUCUUUAAGUUUUACAUUCAUGAACAAUGUGGAUAUUGAAUUAGAGAUUCCAUUACUAUUAGUUAAGAAUGAAAUUUUGCAUUUUUUGUAUGCCUUGCCAUGAAAUACUUGACUUCAAUUAAGAUAACACUAUGCAUUACACUUACUAUAUGCGCAAUUUCAUUCAGAUUCUGCUCUCUACGUAUAUAUUUUUUUCAAUUGCUAUGUUUUAGUAUUAGUUGACUUCAGUUUAUUUUUAUAAGAAAAAACAAGUAUUGUCAAUGUUUCAAUAAAUAUUUGUAACGAAUAA